AUGUUCAUUCGGCGUCUGGCGAGCAACCUGCGCCGCGCCAUCAAGGGCACAGGCGUAGAGCGCGUCUGGCAACAGCACCUGAUGAUAUGCCUCGCGUUGCGCGAAGACGCCGACUGGGACACGGUGCGCCAGCGUGUCGGCGACUGCAUGGGCGUCGCCAAGUUCUACCUCUCAUACAAGGUCGCCGCCGAACUCGACGCCGUAAAAGAGCUGCUCCGCUCAGAACUAAAGACGCAUCAAUUCGAUACAUUCCGCAUCACGGCGCAUCGGUCUAACAAGCGCUUCCCCAUAAAGUCCGACGCUAUCAACCGCGAGAUGGGCUCUUUCGUGGAAGAGCUAACCGGCGCAAAGGUGCGCCUGAAGGGCGCAGACUUGGAAGUCUUCAUCGAUGUGGUGAAUGACGGCAUGCUCGUCUACUUCGACCCCAUCCAGGGACCCGGCGGCAUGCCGGUCGAUUCCAGCGGCACGACAAUGGCGUUGAUGUCAGGCGGCAUAGACUCGCCGGUCGCAGCCUGGCAGAUGAUGCGGCGCGGCAGCCGUGUGAAACUCGUCCACUUCCACAGCCACCCGCUCGUGGACUCAUCGUCCAUCGAGAAAGCAGCGGAAUUAGCAGAAAUCCUGACGCGCUACCAGUACGAUGCCGAGCUGUUCCUCGUGCCCUUUGCCGGUGUGCAGCAGCGCAUCAUCGUAGAGGUCCCGCCGCCGUAUAGAGUCGUCCUGUACAGGCGGUUCAUGGUGCGCAUAGCCGAGGCGCUUGCGCUGCAGCAGGGCAUAGCGGCGCUGGUGACCGGCGAGAGCCUGGCGCAGGUAGCGUCUCAGACAUUGGAAAACAUCGCCAUAGUGGAUGCGGCGGCGCAGAUGCCCAUACUUCGCCCGCUAAUCGGCUCGAACAAGAAUGACAUCGUUGACAUCGCGCGGCAGAUUGGCACAUUCCCUAUAUCCAUCAUCCCGGAUCAGGAUUGCUGCUCCCUGUUUGUGCCGCGCCAUCCGGUUACGAAGGGUAGCCCCAGGGUAGUGGACCGCCUGGAAUCCCUGCUGCCCGUUGAUGAGCUGGUGCAGGAUGCGUUGGAAAAGGUCGAGAUUCGACAAUUUGCCUACUCGCCCCGCUAG